AUUGUGAAUUCGGUCAAGGAAAAUUACUAAAAAUCCACCCAAAAAAAGAGGGGAAAGUCGAACUAACUACGUGAAAUCCCAAUACAAAACAAAUAACCGUUUACAAAGGACCUUAUUGAUCAGUCGACAGAGGAAGAAGAAGAGUAGACGAAUUAGGGUUUAUGAAGUAACCAAUUCAUUCAUACAUCCAUCCAUUAAUGGCGUGCGUUUAUAUUCCGGUGCAGGGCUCUGAGGAAGAAGUUCGAGUUUCUCUCGAUCAGUUACCUCGUGAUGCUACUGACAUUCUCGACAUCCUUAAAGCCGAACAAGCUCCUCUCGACCUCUGGCUAAUCAUUGCGAGAGAGUACUUUAAACAAGGGAAGAUUGAACAGUUUCGCCAAAUUUUGGAGGAAGGUUCUAGUCCAGAAAUCAAUGAAUACUAUGCAGAAGUGAGAUACGAAAGGAUUGCUAUAUUAAAUGCAUUGGGCGCUUAUUACAGUUACCUUGGAAAAAUCGAAACAAAUCCUAAGGAAAAGGACAACCAUUUUACUUCAGCAACACAAUACUACAAUAAGGCAUCGAGAAUUGACAUGCAUGAAUCGUCUACUUGGGUGGGCAAAGGUCAGCUUUUACUUGCUAAGGGUGAUGUAGAGCAGGCAUUUAAUACAUUCAAAAUUGUACUUGAUGGUGAUCCCGAUAAUGUACCUGCUCUUCUUGGACAGGCAUCUGUGCAGUUCAAUCGUGGACGUUAUUCUGAGUCCUUGGAAUUGUACAAGAGAGCUUUGAGAGUGUACCCUGAUUGUCCUGGAGCGGUCAGACUAGGCAUAGGGCUAUGUCGCUACAAGUUGGGUCAGUUUGAAAAGGCCCGUCAAGCUUUUGAACGUGUAAUGCAGUUGGAUCCAGAAAAUGUUGAAGCUCUUGUGGCUCUUGGGGUUUUGGAUUUGCAUGCAAAUGAUGCUGUUGGGAUCCGAAGGGGGAUGGAAAGGAUGCUGCUUGCAUUUGAAAUUUAUCCAUACAAUGCCUUGUCAUUGAAUUAUCUGGCGAAUCACUUCUUUUUCACGGGUCAACAUUUUUUAGUUGAGCAGUUGACAGAAACGGCCUUGGCUGUUACAAAUCAUGGACCAACUAAGGCUCAUUCGUACUAUAAUUUGGCUCGGUCUUAUCAUAGCAAGGGGGAUUAUGAAAAGGCUGGACGGUAUUAUAUGGCCUCUGUUAAAGAGAGCAGCAAGCCUCAGGAAUUUGUGUUACCAUUCUAUGGUUUGGGCCAAGUACAACUCAAAUUGGGAGACUACAGAAGUGCCCUUUCUAGCUUUGAAAAGGUUUUGGAGGUAUAUCCUGAGAACUGCGAAACACUAAAGGCUCUUGGUCAUAUUUAUGCUAUACUUCAACAUACAGACAAGGCUUUGGAAGUUUUGAGGAAAGUUACUAGAAUUGAGCCACGCGAUGCUCAGGCAUUUUUGGACCUGGGAGAAAUUUUGAUCUCAUCUGACUCUGGGGCUGCUUUAGAUGCCUAUAGAACUGCACGCAGUCUUCUAAAGAAAGGGGGUGAAGAUAUUCCAAUAGAACUCCUCAAUAACAUUGGGGUUCUUCACUUUGAGAGGGGAGAGUUUGAGCUUGCAGAGCAAACGUUUAAGGAUGCUUUAGGUAGUGGUGUAUGGCUUUCAUUAAUCAAUGGAAAAGAAAACAAUUAUGUUACAGAUGCAGUCACAGCUUUGCUUCAGUACAAGGAUGUGCAGAUGUUUCGUCAUCUACAGGAAGAAGGCAAUUCUGUGGAACUACCAUGGAACAAAGUGUCAUCCAUCUUUAACCUGGCUCGGUUGUUUGAGGAGGUGCAUAAAACUCAAAGCGCGAUUUUGUUGUAUCGCUUGAUUUUGUACAAGUAUCCAGAGUAUGUAGAUGCUCUUCUCAGGCUUGCUGCCAUAGCCAAGGCUCGAAGCAACAUACAAUUGAGCAUUGAAUUGGUUGGUGAAGCUCUAAGGGUGAAUGAUAAGUGUCCCAGUGCUCUUGCCGUCCUUGGCUGCUUGGAGCUGAAGAAUGAUGAAUGGGUCAAGGCUAAAGAGACUUUUCGUGCUGCUAGUGAGGCUGCUGAUGGGAAAGAUUUUUAUGCUUCUGUUUGUUUGGGAAACUGGAACUACUUUGCUGCGCUUGUAAGUGAAUUGAAAAAACAGGUCAAGCAUAUUCCUGUUCAUUUGGAGAAAGCAAAGGAAAUUUAUUCAAAUGUCUUGAAGAAGUGCACUGCCAACCUUUAUGCUGCUAAUGGACUGGGAAUGAUUCUUGCAGAAAAAGGGCAAUUUGAUGUUUCUAAAGAAAUAUUUACACAGGUGCAAGAAGCUGGAAGUGGGACAAUCUUCUGUCAAAUGCCAGAUGUGUGGAUUAACUUGGCUCAUGUGUACUUUGCCCAAGGGAAUCAUACCUUAGCUUUAAAAAUGUAUCAGAAUUGCUUGCGAAAAUUUUUCUACAAUACAGAGAGUCAACUUCUUUUGUAUCUUGCUCGGACUUAUUAUGAAGCUGAGCAGUGGCAGGAUAGCAAGCGUGCACUACUGAGAGCUAUGCAUUUGUCUCCGUCAAAUUAUACACUUCGAUUCAAUAUUGGUGUUGUGAUGCAGAAAUUUUCAGCAUCCUUGCUGAAUAAGGAAAAGAGAUCUGCGGAUGAGAUGCGCACAACGGUUUCUGAGCUGGAGAUUGCUAUCAGUGUGUUUGGACAGCUUGCUAUGGCAUUUCAUGAGAACAUACAUGGAAUUGAUGAGAAGAAGAUCGAGACACAUGUUAGUUACUGCAAGCACUUACUGGAUGUUGCCAAAGUCUACAGAGAAGCUGCUGAACUCGAAGAGCAGCAAAGCCGGCAGAAAUUAGAGCUUGCUCGUCAGGUCACAUUAGCUGAGGAAGCUCGUCGUAAGGCUGAAGAACAACAAAGACUUCAGAUGGAAAAGAGAAAACAAGAGGAAGAGCUAAGACGAGUGAAGGAAAUGGAAGAGCGCUUCCAACGUGUCAAGGAGCAAUUAAAGAUUGGUCAACCCAAGCGGAAGGAAAGGGCUCAAAGUGAAGAUGAGGAUGGUGAGCACGGUGAUAAGAAGAGGAGGAAAGGGGGAAAGAAGAAGAGGAGAGACAAGAAGCAUCAUGAAACUGAGGAAGUUGAAGUUGACAGAGUUGAAUAUCAGGAAGAUUUUGACGAACGCAACAAUGAAUAUGAGGAUCCCACUAAUCAAUUCAAUGCAGCAUAUGAUGAUGGGGAAGAAAAUGUUCAAGAUCCUCUUGCUGCAGUUGGGCUUGAAGAUUCAGAUGCAGAAGACGAUAUGGUAGCACCUACGACUGCAAAUCGACGGAGGCAGGCAUGGGCGGAAUCUGACGAUGAUGAACCUGUAUAUAGGCCCGAGGACUCUAGCCCAUUAAGAGAGAACACUGCUCAUGAGCAGGAGGCUGGAGUUAUAAGGGAUGAUGUGAAUGAAGCAGAUGAUGGUGUUGAUUAAUAGCACAUCAAGAAAUUGUUCAGGAUCCAAUUAGGUAAUUCUAUGAGAUUGGAAUUGUUGAGGAUUUCCAAUCUUUUUUUUCGUGUACAUUUUUAUCAGACAGACUUUUCUCCGUAGGUAGUCGUUCUAGUCUUUUAUUUUUAAUAAAACUAUUUAGUUAGUUGGGGAGUAUUUUCUUCAGUUAUUAAAUAUGCUCACGAUAGUUACCGAGCCAAGAGAAUAUCUAUAUUUUAUAUUCAUUUUGGGAGACCA